AUUAAGAGUAGCUAAGCGAGUACCGGGUGUCGUCUUUGGAGGUGUCCAUGUUGUGCUAGCAGGAAAUUUUUUUACAAUUGCCACCCGUCGGGGGAACUCCGCCAUACUCCGACCCAAGUCAGAAAUCCAAAUUUUCGCCCGAUGAGCUUUCAGGAUAUCAGUUGUGGAAUUUGUUUACGGAUUGCAUAAUCCUGAAAGAAAGUGUCAUAUUCGAACGAGACCCUGAGUGGGGAUUUGGAUGUGAACGCGCACGACUUGGCGUUUGGACACCUGAGUUUGUCAAAAUUAUAAAUUCGCGAGUGGUCAAAUCUGAGGACUCGGAAGUGGAAUUUACUGAACGGAGGAUAAGUACGUUUGUGACCCCCGACAAUACGACGAGAGUUGCGAUUAAUAGGUUGUUUUUAUCCACUACCGCAAGAUCAAUGCCUGAUGGGGAGUAUCCAGUACGUAUUAUUGCAAACUUUCGAGGCCAACUUAAAGGAUUAAAUCGGUCAGAGGCGGAGAUGGUCAUGGGGCUACCUGACACGAAAUUUGGAAGAAUGGCUCCCUUUCUUGACUUGAUUUCUGGAAUGCCAAUUCAAGUUACACAAAAUAUUAGGGCGGAAAAGAUGGUCGUCAACGGAGCAUUAGGUACACUGGAGGCAAUCAUUUACCACCCAGAACAACGUUUUGCUUGGUACAUGAUAGUGUUGCUGGAAUGACGGUUAAAAUCCCUAGUACGCAGCCGCCGAUUGCACUAGUGAAAAUCGACCGUGGUGCCUCAGCUACAGCUAUGAGAAGCUGCAGUGACACCAAUAUUUUCCCGCUGUUUUUUGAUUCCCAAGCCUUCCGCUCGUGCGAUAUCUCUCUACCUGGAAAUGUUAGUGGUAUACCUCGGGUACUUUCGGUCAAGAUUCAGCAAUUUCCACUUGUCUGUGCCGUGGCUUCGACAGUGUACAAGGUCCAAGGCGAGACAUUGGACUCAAUGGUAGUGACGGAAUGGCGGUCACAAAAUGGGGUUGCUAAUAAGAAAGAGCAACCGUAUCUACAGGUCUCACAAGUCACUUCAAGAUAUGCUUUUACUGCAUUGGAACCUCUAACAAACGAUAUAAUUGCUUGGGCGCGUCCGUCGAAAAGCGCCUUAGAUGAGGAAGCGCGAUUAGAACAACUUUGCGGCAUGACAUUGGCAAAAUUGUCGUCUACUUCGUUAACGUAACAAAACAACGGAGGUUUUUCUUUAAUUUUACAAAAUUCCUACGAAUAAGUCAUUUUUACGAUGUGUCAAUGGGAAAUGUUCAGUAACAGCACAUAUAUGCCUUAACCGCUUCUGCUUGCCAACAGCAGCUUUAAGACUUAAUCACCC